AUGGCUAGACGCCGCAGCAAGAAAAAGUCGCGAAAGCCACGGGUCCGCACCGAGUCUAGUGGGAACGAUACUCCCCUUUCUCCGCAGCAUGUCGAUGCGAGAACGAAUAAUCGGCGGUCUCGAGGCGCGAGUGAGCAUAUAUACGGGCAGAGCUCGUAUACUGGAUCUAGCGCAGAACUUGGGGUACGGGCAUGUACGAAUUUGGAUCAAGGUUUCAGCGAGGAAAGCAUACGGCGCCAACUUGGGUUUGUGGGCGGUAACCCAGCACGGACGAAUCCGUCAAUGCACAGGACAUGGGACGAAAGUGGGGUGGAUUCGUGGUGGUAUGCAUGCGGCUCUUAUGUGUCGACGAGCGGUAUAGCUCUAUCAUCCACUUCUGGCGAGCAGGAGACAUGGCAGGAUUGUGUGUAUCAAGGCGCAUUUCUGCAUGGUGAUGUUGCUGCGGCUCAGAGAGAUGCGGAAGGCAUGGUUUUUGGGACGUCAUCUUGCGGAUCUGUAGCGAAGCGGGGAGAGGGGGAGCCGCAGUGGGAUGUUAAUGCGUAUUUUGCGCCGCUAGAUACGCGUCAUAUGCAGAUGGUGAAGAGGGGAAAGGGGAGGGCAAGAGACGAGUGGGAGUGUGACUUUUGCGGACUCGAGUGUUUUUGCUGGGGUCUGACGGACGGAGUAACAGACGAAGAGGCGGUGUCCUUGUAG